CAGUAUCAAAUCAGUGAAAUAUCCCUUUAUGGAGCCAACUAUUCUGUCUGAGUUCUAAUCAAAUUUCAGCUUUCAACUUUCAUCCUUCUCUUAGAGAACACUUGGGGGUCACUCAGCAGUUUAAAAUCACAUCUACUCUCCUCUGAGGAGUAAAGUCUGGUUCCGCUGGUCUCCUGUAGUCUACAGGACGUGGACUGGACUGGGCUGAGCAGCUGAGGGUCCACAGCAGGGAUUGGAGGAGAAGUCCUGUCCCCCCUCCUCCUUUCAGCACACAGACAGGGAGCAGAGAGGGAAGCGACAACAACACAUUCUGAGCGGGACAGCCGGAGCAGCUAACACCGCCUGCUGCACUCUGUGAGGCGCUUUCUUCUCCGGCUUUCUUCUUGGACAGCAUCCUUCCUGUGUUCCUGCUGUUCACUGGUCCACAGCGCCCACUGCAGUGCUGGAAAGCAAACACAACUCUCAUUGCAGACAAGAGUGCAGUUUGUGUGAGAGGAUGAAGGGGAGGAACCCUGGCAGUCUGUGGAGUUUGUAGGAACAGAAGAAUCAGCAGCACUGGCAGCCUUUCCAGCUCCUGUUUUGACACCUCUAUCUGCAGCGGAGCUCACCAUGAGUUAGAGGGUAUCAGAGACCUUCUCCACCAUCUGCAGCACUGUGCAUCACUCGCCCUGCUUCAUGAGCCAGCAGGAUGCGGCUGAGGUCCUCGCACUCUCCGAGCGCCUACUCAUAGCUUCACACAAGGGACAAGCCGACAAUGUGGUCCAGCUCAUUAACAAGGGGGCAAAGGUAGCAGUCACCAAGUAUGGCAGAGGCCCGCUGCACUUGGCUGCCUACAAAGGCCACAUUGAGGUUGUGCGUAUCCUGCUCAAAGCUGGCUGUGACCUGGACAUCCAAGAUGAUGGGGAGCAGACAGCGUUACACCGGGCUGCUGUGGUGGGAAACAGCGACGUUAUCAGCGCUCUCAUCCAGGAAGGGUGUGCACUGGACAGACAGGAUAAGGAUGGCAACACUGCUCUCCAUGAAGUGUCCUGGCAUGGCUUCAGCCAGUCUGUCAAACUGCUGGUGAAAGCUGGAGCCAACGUUCAUGCAAAAAACAAGGCCGGGAACACAGCUCUCCACCUCGCCUGUCAGAAUGGUCAUACUCAGAGUUCUAAGGUUCUGCUCCUGGGAGGUUCCAGGCCUGACAGCAAGAACCAUGUUGGCGAUACAUGUCUGCAUGUGGCUGCCCGCUACAACCAUGUAGCUGUGAUCCGCAUCCUACUGGGAGCCUUUUGCUCUGUUUCAGAGAAGAACCUGGCUGGGGACACACCGCUACAUGUGGCAGCUGCUUUGAAUCAUAAGAAAACAGUACGUCUGCUGCUGGAGGCAGGAGGAGACAGCCGCAUCUGCAACAAUGCAGGUGAAACCGCUUUGGACCAGGCCAGAGAACAUAACAACCCAGAGGUGGCUCUUCUCCUAACCAAAGCUCCCCAGGUGCAGAGCUUUGUGCGAGGCAGGAGUGUGAGGAAGAGGAGGGACAAGCUGAAGGCAGAGGGCCGAGCUCAAUCGGUGCCCAGAGAUGAGAUGCUGCCCUGUAAGGACAGUGCCUCUGCUGCAGAGGACAGUCAGAGCAGCGACAGAGCCGCCUGCAAACAUGCUGAAGUUGCCGAGUCAAACACCAGGAGGGGAAAGAACAGGAGGCAGAGAGAAAAGCCAUUUCUGUCCGACCCCCUGCGCCGCAGAGAGACCAGGCACAGCGAAGCCUUUCACAAGAGGAAAAGUAAAGUGCGAGGAGCCUCCCCUCACACAUCCGUCCCCCCACACAACUUCAAAGCCUAUCAGCUUUACACACUGUACCGAGGCAAGGACGGCAAGAUCAUGCAGGCUCCUCUGAAUGGCUGCCGCUGUGAACCUCUCAUCAGUAAACUGGAGAACCAGCUGGAGGCCACUAAGGAGGAGAUGAAGACUGAGAUCCACACUGUCCAAGACCUAAUGAACAGCAAGAUGGGCCAGCUGGACCGCAAGAACAAACACCAGAUCUGCGCUCUUGAUAAGAUGACAGUAGAGAGAGUGUCAGCAGAGAGGAGUGAGUGUCUGCAGAGGAUCGAGCAGAGGGCCCUGCAGGAGCGACUGGAGGCAGAGAAGAGACAGGCGUCUCUGGUCAGUGAACUGAAGAGCUGGUGUCUGUCCAAACUGCAGAACAUGGAGGUCCGCUUCACAGGAGAGCCCAGCGGCACCAAGCUGCAGCGCUCCUCCUCUGCGGCCGAGGGCCUGAAUGAAGCCGACGACGGAGCCGGCGUCGCCGCGCUGCCCGCCGCACACGAGCUCCACAACAGUCCUACGCUCCUGGACUUCAGCUGCGGGGAACCUGGUGUGGCAGAGGGGGGGUCAGCCAACCACUAUUUUGUGGUCCAUGUGGAGAGCUCUCCAGAUGGUGAGAAGGCACAUAACACUGACGUCACCUCUCCUGCGGCGGCUAGGAGGCCGCUGCCAUCGGUCCAGGUGGUUCGGCCCAAGGAGCGUCCAGUGAUCAGUGCUGACAGCCAGAGGAAGAACCAGGACCCGCAGGAUGUGGACAUGGGGGAGGUCAGCGCAAGUGGUGGCGGGGGCCACAGGGCCGGCAGCCUGUCUCCAGCCACAGAGCGCCGCAGCAGGACUGAAGCUGGCCUCAGAGGCAGGGAGCGAGGCUGGGACAGAGGGAAGCACCAUAAAAAGCGUCCCCAGGCCAGGACUAAUGCCAGAGGGGACACAGGGGUCAGGAUUCUGGAGGUAUUUGGAGACCAGCCCGCUGAGCCCUCCUUUGCACAGGAGAGGGAAAACAUGCACGCCAUGGAGGUGACUCAGUACUUCUUUGAGGCGGUGUCGACGCAGAUGGAGCGCUGGUACGAGAGGAAGGUGCAGGAGGCGCGCUGGCAGGCCGAUCUGAGGGCCCAGGCCGACAGAGCCGCCCUGAUCGAAAGGAUCGCUUAUCUGGAGGACGAGCUGCGCAUGCUCAGGACUAACAAACAUGACGACUGCUGACACAGAAAAAUACCACAGCCAGGACCUGACACAAAUCUGGACUGUCACAUGGUCUCUUCCUGGACCACCUCAGCUGUACCGAGUACAUCACUGAGUCAGCCAGUGCUGUGGGGCCUGGAUCCACUGCGUGGUGUCAUAACGGAAUAUGGCUCAUGUCUCAGUUCACUGAUGGACUUAAAAAGUUCCACAUCCAGAUCCUGUCCCAUCAGUCUCCGUGGGAGCAGUGAGCUGAUGUGGUGAGAUGUGUACAUACGUGUAGAAAUAGAGGCAGCUCUUGUUCACUGUGUCGUUAACAAACCAGUAAAUGUAAAGCUAGAUGUUAAAAGACUGAUCUAAUGUGCCAUUUAUGAGAUAGAUCCAUCACAUCAGACACCAUCAACAGCGCACACACACACACACACACACACACACACACACACACACACACACACACACACACACACACACACACACACACACACAGAUUUGAAGAAAAGAAAGUGCACGGUGGAUGCUCAUUGGAUCACAGUGAAGCUGAAGGAAUGACAGUAGAAUAAGCUCGUUGUUGGUGUCUGGAUGCUGGAAUCAGCUGUUUGACUGUAAAGGAAACAACCUACUGCUUAUUUAUGAAAAUGUAGCUGAACUGACCGGAUUACAAAAAACACAGUGAAGGUUUGUUGAAAUAUCAAUAUUUGUUUUUGCAGCAUGUUGUGGUUUGUAUGGAGGCUGGAGUCUGACGAACACAGUUUGUUUGAUUUAGUCUGAUUAGGAUGGCCAUUCUGACUGGUAAUGCAGCUAUGCAGCCCCCAUACACAUACACACACAAAUGUCCUCUGUUGUAUUAACAUGAAUCAAAUUUAAGAUGACUUUUGAAUUAAGAAGAAGUGCAAACAGUGGUCCACCCACGAUGACUAGGUCAGACUGGCUUAGCCUGGGUCAGACUAGUUCAGUAUCCGGCCUCUGGGGGGGGGGGACAAAUGGAGCGUUUAAGAUGUACCUCUGCAUUUCUUUAUUUAAAAAAUUCAAAAUCCUCUCGACAUUAAUGUGACUGCAAAAAGGGACGACUUGAACUGAUAAUAAUGAAACACUGUGAGAGUGUGUUUUUGUUCAGUUGCUACAGCACACUCCGCUGACGUGACAAACCUGUGAGCUUCUUUCACUUCAAGCUAAAAAGUUGCUAAUGUAAAAAUUCCAGCUGGUGCUGUGACAUGUGUCGAAACCUUUCAAUCUGACUACCUAUAAUCUGGUCUCCCAGAAUGCCCCCUGCCAGGCAGGACAGUCCUGACAUUAGAGGUGAAUUCAGUCACAGUGUGGUGCAUGAAGAAAGCUCAGAGUUGUGUUGCAGUAUUACUGUCUGCUGUACAUGUGAUGUAGUGACUGUCUGCUCUAAUAUGUGGGUUAGUUUGACAUGAACUCUGUGGAUAUGAAUAAUGCACUCUGUAUGAUGAUGCCAGAAAACAUAUUUUGUAUUAAAAAAAGAUUGUUCUUAA